CCAUGACGCCUCAAGCUGGAGCACUUAUACGCGUAUAGGUGUCGGGCGCAGAGCCAAUUCACUUUUAGUCGACCGUGCCAGCGCUGGUGUCAGUCGCAACUCCAUCGCACAAUCGGACGGUCGCAGUUUCGCGGAUCGGCGGUUUAAUUUCGAAAACCCGCGGAGUAGAAGGCUAUCUGCCGUCUGCCGUCAGAGCCGCCGCUUUAUCAGGGCAGCUCAGGUUUCGUGAGUGUGAGAAAUUCUUGGGUUUUCGAUGUGUUGUUGUUAGCAUUGUCGAGACUGCGAGUGUAUAGAAAACAGAUGUAAAGAAUUUGUUUAGACAAAAGAAGCUGGUCGGGACCAAACAAAUAGUCCGGCGGUGCUGAAGCGAGUGAGUCAUAACCCCGUGUGUGGUUCCGAAGUGACCGAUUGAAACAUUCAUGGUAGCGCGAAAAUUGUAAGCUAACAACUGAAGUCAGUUUUCUCCGUACACAAGCGUUUUUUUGUGUCUGUAAACACAGUACCGGUAGACAUCAGUGAAAAUAACAAACAGAGCUUGGAACAACAGUCCACUCCGAACAGACCUUGUCCACAGAUCCAACGAAACCUGAUGCAAUGGACACGUCGCAGCAAUCGAUUGCGUCGGCUCGGCGCAGCAGCAUUCCCGUUCCGAAGCGCAAGAGUUCCCUCCAUCUGUACAUAGCCAACCAGCUGGGGUCAGCGUCGUCGAGCGGCAGCUCCCGUUCGUCCUCUUCGUCGGCAUCCUCGAUGUACGAAGAGCAGUUGGGUGUAGUCAGCACACCGAUCAGUUCAGCCUCGCCGUCUCGGUCCGGUACGGCCAUGAGCUUGCCGAUCGUGCCCCGGGCUAGCAGUAUCAGCAACCAUCCCGCCGAAUGCAUCAUCAACUCCAGCGAGUAUCUGUCCCUUCGCGAGAACCAUAACCGGCUGAUCAACAAGUGCGAAGAAAUAACGAAACGCAAUCAAAAUCUCGAAAGCACAAAUCAGAUACUGAAACGAAGCGUAAUAGCUCUUCAGUCCGAUAUCGCAGCGCUCAGAAAGGAACGCACCGAGUUCGUCGAGAAGAACCGGAAACUCAAGAAAAAACUGUCGGAAAUCGUACACUCGGGCGAGAGCAACAGUGACGACGACGAGGAUGCGAACAAAACCCUGGGAGCGGGAGAAGCUGAUCCUGCGGAUUCAGUCGUCGCCGCCGCCACCACCGACGACACAGCCGAUAUGCCCGACUCGAAAGAUAGCGGAAUGGAUAGUCUGCUGAACGAAAUGGAAAAGCUCAAAUCCUAUCUGAACAAUGUCGAGCUGCAGCUGUACGAGGCGAAUGAGAAAAUUUCCGAGCUGCAGGAAAGCAAGCAACAAUUCGAGGAGACAAACGAGAAGUUGCGCGCUGAGAAUACAGAACUCAGUAAAAUUGCGCGACUGAUGUCGGUCAACAUCCUGGAAUCGAUUGAUACAAGCAAGCGUUUGGAGAAUUCAUACAUCCAGGUUCGGAAAGAACGUGACCAUCUGGUGCGACAAAAUCGAGACUCGGUGGAUUCGAAGACAGACACUAACGAGGAAAUUCAGAAAAUGCGCUCUGAGAUGGAACUCAAGCGGAAAACAUUUGAGGCGCAGUUUAUUGAAUAUAAAGCACUAAUGGAGCAGGAGCUUUCGCGCAAUACCAACGAACAAAUUGUAGCACUGCAACUGGAGGUGGAUAUAUUAAAGCAGGAUCUCGCCCAAGCACUAGGUCGCGCGGACCGGGCCGAGGAGGAAGUGUGUGAGCUGCGGAAAAGGCUUCAAGCCAGUCAGCUGUUGGAGUGCCAAUUCCCCUCCCAGUUGGACAUAGACAAAUUGAGCGUGCGGGACGGGGAUGGUGAUAAUGAUUCUCUACUCUCAGCGGUCAGUGCCACAGCACCUCCGCCACAGCCUCCCGUUCCUCCACCACCUCCGCCACCCCCUGCUUUCAUUCCACCUCCCCCUCCGCCGCCGCCCCCAGCGAAUGCUACUGGUUCGGGAGGUUUGGGUCUUAGCGAGGCAAUUUCAACGCAAAAAUUGAAUCACGUUGGGAUAACGCAUGUGAACAGCAGCAGACAGCAACAAGCAACAGGUCUAGACUCCGUAAUAGCCGACAUCAAGAGUGGUCGCGUGACGUUACGCCGUCGCAAACCCAACACUUUGAGCGAUUUAGAGAAAGCUUCCGGUUCCAACAAUUCGGGCACAACAACAGUAACAGCAGCAGUUGAAAUUGGCGUCGCCGCCCCCACCACAACCUCUACCGUCAGCGGUAGCACCAGUAGAAGUAGUUUACAAAUGUACAACCAACAGGUGGCGAAAAAUCCGGCUCUCCGCGAAAUGUACGAUAUCCUUGAACGAAUGAAGCGACGCAACCGUAAAUCGAAAGUCAUCGUCGAGUCCGAUCUGGUCCCCUUCGAGGGGGGAGAUUUCGGGCCAGCGAUGAAGUCCAGCGAGGAUGAGGAUGGAAAUGUGAAAAAAUCUACCGUUUCGCCCACUACUGCUACCGAUGGCGGUAGGAAUCGCGUUCGAACUGUGAUCCAUAUUGACGUCGAUGUUUGAAGUUUAAUGAACUGACUUACGCUCCCACGUAAACGACCCCUCAACCAACUGAUACUAGCUAACGAUGCAUUUCUACCUAAUAUAAUUACGUAGUUUUUUUUAUUAUAUUUUAUUAUUUUUCUCACGCGGCUAAUAGUUAAUGUAUUGACUAAGGAAUAUUUACAAGAUUGUAAUGGAUUAAAAUAUAACAAAUUA